AUGGUUCCCUCUAUCAAGCUCUCCUCCGGCCAUGACAUGCCCGUCGUCGGAUUCGGUAUCUGGAAGGUCCCCCGUGAGACCUGUGCCGAGACCGUCUACAACGCCAUCAAGCUGGGUUACCGUCACUUCGAUGGUGCCUGGGACUAUACCAACAGCGCCGAGGCCGGUCAGGGUGUCCGACGUGCUAUUGACGAGGGCUUGGUGAAGCGAGAGGAGCUCUUCAUCGUCUCCAAGCUCUGGAACAACUACCACAAGCGCGAGCAUGCCCACCAGCAGGCCAAGCUCGAGCUCGAGGCCUGGGGUCUUGACUACCUCGACCUCUUCCUCGUCCACUUCCCCAUUGCUCUCGAAUUCAUCCCCUUUGAGGAGAUUCGAUGGCCCUGCUUCUGGACCGACAAGGAGCAGACCAAGCCCACCCCCUUGGCCAAGGUCCCCAUCUCUGAGACCUGGAAGGCCCUGGAGGACCUCGUCAAGACUCCUGAGAACCCCAACGGCAUCUUCAAGUCCAUUGGUAUCUCCAACUUCCACACCCAGCUGAUCUACGAUCUGCUGUCGUACGCCAAGAUCCCCCCUGCCGUCCUCCAGAUCGAGCACCACCCCUACCUGACCCAACCCGAGCUCAUCAACAUGGCUCAGGAGAACAACAUUGCUGUCACUGGCUACUCCACCUUUGGCCCGGCAUCAUUCAUUGAGCUGAACAACGCCAAGGCCAAGGAGGUCAAGCCUCUGUUCGAGGUUGACCCCGUCAAGGCGGCUGCUGAGAAGCACGGUGUUACCCCUGGCCAGGUUCUCCUCCGAUGGUGCACACAGCGCAACAUCAUUGUCAUUCCCAAGUCCAACAGCGUGGACAGACUCAAGCAGAACCUCGAGUCUACCUCUUUCGACCUGACUGAGGAGGAGAUCAAGGCGAUUGCUGCUUUGGACAUUGGCCUUCGAUUCAACUCCCCCGGCGCCCUGGGAAGCGCUCGUAUCUUCACUUAG